CAUUUUUUUUUUAUUGAAUGAGCGACCGAAGGCUGUGAUCUAUUUUUCAAGGACGAUUCUUUUGGUUUCCGACAGGCGCGCGCUGCAAUAAAACACAGCGCUCAUUAGAAUGGUUAACCCAAAAUCCUACGGUCAAAUUGUGUUUCCGUGUCCGACUAUACGAUGUAGUCAAUUGUAGCUUCUUUGAACGUCGUCUAACCGGAGGCUGGGCCCGUUCCCGUCUAGAAGCGCUGCAGCUGAGUGUGAGGUGGCGUCAGGACGGGAGGGGGGGUUCAUCGGGUUCAUGUAGUACCGGACGCCUCCUCCUCCUUUCACGUUGGCUCCGCCGGCUCCCACGGUACUAGCUGUGAGGCAUGUGGACGGCGGGGACCGCGUGCGUUUGCGGUGUAAACGUCUGAAUAGUCGAGCGUGACCUUUAUUCGGGGACACAGAAAGUCGAUCAGCUGAUGACUCCAGAGUCGGUUCCAUUUUGGGUCAUUCGAGGCAUCUGGGCACCGUUUGCACCUCCAGCUGAAUGAACGAGGCUGCUGCCGUCGCCCGUGAGUCGCCCGUUACUGUGAUGGGGGAAGCGCGUCGUCCUGCACGGGCUAAAGGAGGAAUUUAAAGGAUGAUGGCUGAUGGAUGCUGCCGAGGAAUGGACAGAGCCAAGGGUAAGAUUGCAUCAGACUCUUUACCGAAACCCGCGUAUCCUCAGCACUUCAUCCAGAGCGGAUCGCAGCAGAGCAAUGACAUCCAGGAGCUCGCUUCCAAACGCGUCGACAUUCAGAAGAAGCGCUUCUACCUGGACGUCAAACAGAGCGUCCGCGGACGCUUCCUCAAAAUCGCCGAGGUGUGGAUAGGACGAGGCCGGCACGACAACGUGCGGAAGAGCAAGCUGACGCUGUCCAUGGCCAUGGCGCCGGCGCUGCGCUACUGCCUGGGAGACUUCAUCGAUUAUUACGCUCGCAUCGGGCUGCGGGGGGGCCUCGCGCCUCCGCCGCACGAGGAGCGCGGCAGCGACGGCCAGGGCCGCGCGCACGACUCCCGCCGAAGAGCGCAGGAGCAGCGCGCGGCGCUGUCGCCCAGCGGCUCCGCGGCGUCCGACGACCAUGCCCACCGCGUGCUCAAGAGCGAGUUCAUCGAGCGAGACAACAGAAAGUACUUCCUGGACCUGAAGGAGAACCAGCGCGGCCGCUUCCUCCGCAUCCGGCAGACCAUCAGCAAAGGGCCCGGCACCAUGGGCUACUACGGCCAGGGCAUCGAGCAGACCAUCGUGCUGCCGGCGCAGGGGCUCAUCGAGUUCCGAGACGCGCUGUCGCAGCUCAUCGAGGACUACGGCGACGGCGAGAGCGACGACCGCGGCCGAGCCGGUGCCGGAGCCGGAGUCCGGAACCACGACGAGAGCCCGGAGCUGCCGGAGGCCGCGUCCUUCCGGGUGGACAACAAGCGCUUCUACUUUGACGUGGGGUCCAACCGCUACGGGGUUUUUUUAAAGAUUAGCGAAGUGCGGCAGCCGUACAGGAACACCAUCACGGUCCCGCUGAAGGCCUGGGCUCGGUUCGGAGAGAAUUUCAUUAGGUACGAGGAGGAGAUGCGACGAAUCUUCUCGUGCCACAAGGAGAAGCGCGCGGACGCUCGACGGGACAGCGAGGAGCAGGAGGACUGAGCGCGGCCGCGGGUUCUGGAGGUACCGGUGGUGCUGGCGUUGGACUGGACGUGCCACCGACGCAGCUCGAGGCUGUGGUCCGUCUGUCAAGGGCUGGUAAACUACUCAACCUGCCAAGAAGCCAUUCAUUCAUUCAUUCAUGCAUUCAUCCGUUCAUCGCUCGCUUUUAAUUAUCCUGGGCCGCAACAACAAUGUAAAUGCGCACCGGACCCCCGUUUAGCGGGAACAGUGUUGAUGACGUCACUAGGCUGAAAAUCACGGCGAUAUUCGCUGUGUUAGUCAGAAAACAGAUCUAACAUAGAUGACAAGGUGAACAGAUUUAAAGGCAGGUAAUUGUGUUUGCACAGUAGUUAACUAGGCCUGGAUCGUAAUAUAUAUACCUUAACUAAUAUUACAUUUAAUUACACAAAUAAGUGAGGUCUGCACUUGACUGACUGCAGCUGCCAACACGGCAGCGGCCCGUCGGACCGGGAUGAAGCUCGUGCCGGUGUGUUUCCCUGCACUCACCUAUUCUAACGGGGACCGGCACAGUUGGCUCGCGCGCAGUAGAUCUUUUUCCACUCAGCUGUUUCUAUAUAUGCAACCGGCUGCUGUGGGUUGUUGUUUAGCUCUAGAGGAAGGAGCGCAGUGGGUCCGAGCGUCCUGGGCCCGGACGCUCCGGUCCGGACGCUCCGGCCCGGACGCUCCGGUCUAGAAGCUCCGGUCCGGACGCUCCGGUCCGGACGCUCCGGCCCGGACGCUCCGGUCUAGAAGCUCCGGUCCGGACGCUCCGGCCCGGACGCUCCGGUCUAGAAGCUCCGGCCCAGACGCUCCGGUCCGGACGCUCCGGUCUAGAAGCUCCGGCCCGGACGCUCCGGUCUAGAAGCUCCGGCCCGGACGCUCCGGCCCGGACGCUCCGGCCCGGACGCUCCGGUCCGGACGCUCCGGUCUAGAAGCUCCGGUCUAGAAGCUCCGGCCCGGACGCUCCGGUCUAGAAGCUCCGGUCCGGACGCUCCGGUCCGGACGCUCCGGUCUAGAAGCUCCGGUCUAGAAGCUCCGGCCCGGACGCUCCGGCCCGGACGCUCCGGUCUAGAAGCUCCGGCCCGGACGCUCCGGCCCGGACGCUCCGGUCCGGACGCUCCGGUCUAGAAGCUCCGGUCCGGACGCUCCGGUCUAGAAGCUCCGGUCCGGACUUACGGAGCGGCUGCUGCUCCCGUGGUUCGGCCUGGCUGCUGGUGUCAGAGGUGGUUCCACUCAAACAGCAGCAUGUGUCGCUGAGCUCAGCUUUAAGGAGCAGUUCUUCACUUUUAUUUGCUUUGAAGCCUCAAACACUUGAAAAACAGCGUUUUCUAUAUAAAACGUCCUUCAGAAGACGCUGUCGUUGUCUCAUCGUCACAGACGUGUUGGAGGUUUUAUUUGCACACAGAUGUGUUGAGCACGACUCACUGUCUGAAACACACAUAUGAAGUCAGAGCUGAAGGAAGAGGAAGGCGACGAUGAGGCGAAGCCGUCCUAAAUAGAUGUGGUUCUAUUGGACCUGCUUUUACUGAGUCUUGCUGUUGUGUGUCUUUUUCGUGUGCUGUUUGGCUGAAGUUAUUAAAAAAUGAAGCUUCCCUAUGAGCGCUUUGGUUCCCGUUCACUGUAAAUGUCCAGAAAUGAAGAUGCUGAAGAUCCGGCCUUCGUUCCAAAUGAAGCUCUGCUUAAAGGAACACUGGCUUCUGAUACGGACUGUCUUAAAUCCUGUAUUUGCUUUUUCUAGACCUGAACUUCACCUUUUACACUUUAUGGGUUGAUGCUCGUGCGCCUCCGGUGCAUCUUAUGACCUAGAAUAGCAGAAAGUCCUUGAGUUCUGUAAUUCAUUUCUCCCAGUGAUAUAUUUGAAGCUUUAGUUUAUUGGAGCACGCGUGGCAGAAGAAGGUGCACAGGCAGCAGGGCUCGGACCGGACCGGACCGGACCGGAGCCACCACAGACGGAUCCCAGGUUCUGCGUCAGACUGGACCAGAGCCAACGUCACAGUGUCUCAUCUGUCUAGGGCUCAACGCUGGUCUGUGGUCUGAAGUCAAGUGGACCUGGCGCGAGGCUGCUGUCCGAGCGGGCCGGGCCGGGACCACGUCAGCCGGGCCAGGAGCUGAUCACCUCUAUUGCUGGGACUGAUUCAUUGAGUGUUUGGUCCCUCUGCUCAUCUAGUCAGAAAAAAACAGCUGAUACGACGCACAUGAGCGUUACACACGUGUCCCGUGCAUUCAGAGGUCUGGUUCUGUGAAGCACAGGUCGGGUCUGGUUCGGUCCGGUUGCUACAGUUUCGGGCCUGUGUUCAUUGUUUUCAUAUGAACAGCAGUGGUUAUAGAAAACACUGUAUGACGUGUAAUUUAAAGCACAAUUUAUUUGAAAUGCGGAGGGUUGAUGGCGCUGCUUUGAUCCAACGUGACCAGUGAAUUCAUCCCCAAAAAGCACCAUGAAUACGAGUCACAGAAGCCAUCGUGUGUCCUCUGAACUCCAAAUAUGCCCCAAAAGCACUUUAAAUGAAACCUGCACUUUUGUUCUGCUGCUUUGCGUCCGUGCCGUGAGGAACCAUCUCCGUUCAUGCGACAAUCAUGGAGCCGUGCUCUCAGAGCUGGUCUGAUUCAGUCUGCAGCUUCAGGAACAGGACUCCACAAUAGAUUGAAUUCAGCAGCGUCACCGUUGAUUGAAAGUCCCCCUACAGAGUGUUGAGUGUGUAAACUGAUCAGCGUCUGCUGGAGGACAACAGUGGAGACAGAUGCACAACCGCAUGGAAACAGGCACUACGUGAUUAUGUUGGUUUGAAUGAACAAAGGUGGAGUUUUCACACGGACAAAAACGCUUAGUGAAGUGAAGUCCUCACCUGCUGUCAGUGACUGCUGUUGUUGCGAUGUGUCUCAUCCACAGUUCGUGCCAGUAAAAGUCAAGGCUAGGAUCUGAGUGCACAGACUGAAUCACAGCUGAGCUCCUGGGACGGACCGACCCGGGUCCGGUGCAGAACCUCUGCUGCAGCUGACUCGCCCUAAACCUGUGUCUGUGUUUCAGGAUGCGCUCAUACACUGUGUGCAGUGAUGGACUGCUGCUACCGUCACCAUCACCAGCUCAGCUCUGCAUCUGAAAUCAUUGAAAUCUGAGUGACAAACAGCAGCUGUGGUCAAACUGGGUUCACUGACACAAAAUAACCUGAAACAUCGGGUUUUUCGGUUGCUUCAUUGCAGUUGGUCUCCACCUGCGUCUUGGAUCAGAGGCUGAAGCUCCUUUGGCUUUUUCCUUUCCAAAGUUCCACUGAGGACUGGAAGCAGUGGAUCCAGUCGCACUGAGCACAGCUGCUCGUCUCCGUACAAAGAGCAGAGCUUGGGUUUUCCUCCGUAAAUGAAUAAAUAGGCCGCGUGUCGUUAUUUCCAUCUGAGGGGCUGAGGAGCUACCACACACCUUCCAGCACCUUCAGUGUGAUUGUAGGUCUGCUUCUUCUGGUUGCUGUAGUCCCACUCACAGUAAAGAAGUGUGUGUGUGUGUGUGUGUGUGUCUGUGCAUGUGCAGGUAGAGUGAUGUGAACGUCUGCAUACGGAACAGGACGUUCUGGAGUCAGAAGUGUAGAGAUGUAGACGUUUGGUGAUGAAAAAACGAACUGAAAAUGUGAACAGGUGUAUAUUUAGAUAAAUGUAAUGUACUACAUUGAUGUAACCUAUAGUCUUGUAGAGUAAGAUUUAAAAAACAAGGAGGUUUUGUACUCUGGCACUUUCUUUAACGUGUACUGUAGUCAUUCAUCUUUGACAUGUAAAGUACUGUAUCAAUAUUCAUUACUUGCCUUGUAACAUUUGAAAUGAAGGUCUGAGACGUUUUGGAGUGUUUGCAUGCCACUGGUUGGGUUCCACUAUAUUAGGAUAACUAUAUGAAAAAAUGGUGCUAUGUUACAUUAUAAGGUGCUUCUAUGGACCCCAGCUGAAUGCAUGCAACGAGGAACAAGCUGAAAAAUAAAAGAAAUGAAAACCUGAUGUUCUCAAAAUGCUUCCCAAAGAUGUCAGACGUUCGCCAAUUCCAGCCUUCAUUUGCUGAAUAGCGGCGGCCCUUCAAUCGUUGAUGCCAUACGCACAUCUGACAGUGGAGCUGUUUGAUUCUGACCGCCGUUCAUUCUCCAACACGUUUAGUGACGUAGCAUUUUAACCAGGACAUAGAAACUGUAGGCGCUGUCCAUGAUUUGCCCUAAUUUGUCCCACAUGUCUAGAAGACGAGCUGAAGCAGUCUGUCCUGCCAGGUUUCUGUCUAACGUUAUCAGUGGCCUCCUCCGUUCACAGUCAAACAGAACUUGGGCUACGCUAGAAAUGACGUGGAAGAAGAACAGUGUCGUGUUGAUUUACACUCACUGCCAUUGUGAUAAAGGACUAAAAGACAAUCUAAUGGCAUUGUUUUCUAUUUUUCCUGUGUUCAGAUAAUUAUCAUGUUGGAGUUACAGGUCAGCAAACAUCAUAGUCUAUGAAAGGGUUAAAGCUGUUUCAGUUUGUUAAAGACAAAGAAUCUGAAAAAAUUAAAUGUAUAUGUUUAUUUGUUGUACUGAUCAUUUAUUUAUGUUUUUUAUUAAAUGUUUUACAAUAUUAUUAAAGCUCCCGUUUGUUUCCA